AUGGCUGCUGCUGACCAGGCGCCAGAGCAAAAGGCUCACGGCUCCAACAAGGUGACUCGGGCUUUCGAGCUAGAGCUAGAUUCCGAUCCACCUUUUGAGGUGGGAGCCAGUCCUGUGGAGGAAAGUCCAUGUGGCGGACAGGAAAUCGUGAUCCAGAACAAGCGCCAGAUGUGCAAGGCCUUCUUCUUCACCGACUGGUGCGCCAAGGGCAGCAUGUGCCCGUUUGCGCACAGCGCUGAAGAGCGGAUUGAAGAGUUGAAUCAGGCUUUGCCGUACAAAGCCACCUUGUGCCGCUUCUUCAUGGCAGAAGGCUUCUGUGGUAAAGGGGACUCGUGCGAAUUCGCCCACAGCGACGAUGAGCUGGCCGGAAAUGUUGACCAGAAGUCCAAGAUGGGACUCUGCAAGUUCCACCUGGGCGAUGGCUUCUGCGGGAAGGGACGCUUCUGCAGGUAUGCCCACAGCGCAGAGGAGCUGAGCCGUCUCGCUUUGCUGAAGUACAAGACCCGCCUUUGCCAAAAGCAUUUCCUGCACGGCUCUUGCUCCCAUGGCGCAUGGUGCACCUUCGCGCACACGUCUGAAGAGCAGAGGCCAGACAUCAUGGACAAGGUCCUGCCAAUGCGCCAUGUCUUGUGCGCGCGUUUCUGCAGCGGCUUCUGCUUCAAGGGCUCCUUCUGCGAGUUUGCCCACCAAAAACGAGAGGUGUCGGCGCUUCAGCUGGAGCCAGUAUCCGCUCAGGAAGCUGAGCAUACGGCCCUCUUGUCUGAGUCUUCUGGCAAAGACUACUUGGAGGCCUGCUCGGAUGCGGAAACAAUAGACACUCACAGUGACUUCUCACGGUCACCAUCAGAGGACCCCCCUUGCCCGCCCCGCGAGUGGACCUGUGACACUGUGGCCGAGUGGAUGACUUAUACCGAGCAGGGAAAGUUCAGCAGGUACGCUGACGCCUGCCGCCAGAAUGCUGUUGAUGGGCAGAAGCUUGAGGGUAUGACCGUGCAGGAUCUCAAGGACAUCCUGGAUGUGAAGCUGCUCGGUCCUCGGAAGGCUCUGGCCACAGCCAUCGAUCGACUCUUCGCGCAGUAG